UGCCAAGCCAUUGACAGUGCAACUCUGGUAAUCCAACACCCCAACGGCAAAGCCGACAAGCUCUACUGGCCCGUCGCCGCCAGCGAAAUCAUGAAGAUGAAUCCCGGCCACUACGUCGCCCUCCUCCUCACCACCACCCUCUACUCCUCCACCGCCGCCGCCGCCAAGAACGGCAAUAAUAACACCACCCCACUUCGCAUAACCAGGAUUAAACUCCUCCGCCCAACUGAUACUCUUCUUCUUGGCCAUGUCUACAGACUCCUCACAUCUCAAGAAGUAAUGAAAGGGUUGUGGGCAAAAAAGCAGGCGAAGAUGAAGCAGCAACGGCCGGGAUUGAUUCCUGACAAGUACGGAAAGAUCACGGCCGUCGAAACACUAAUAAAUCCAGAUUUUGAAGCAGUAAUUAGGAAAAAUGAUGUGGAGAUGAAGAGCAAGCAGGUAAAGGAGGAAAGGCAGAGGUCAAGAAAGAAUAGAGCAGUAAAUUCAGGUGUGUCCAAAUCCAGGGGCUGGCAGCCAUCAUUAAACAGCAUCUCUGAAGCUGGAACCUGACCUUUUUUCUUUUUUUUUUUUUUAAAUUUUAUUUGAGGUGUCCUUGAAACAUAUGGAUAAUUGUCUAAAUUUUAUCAGAGAAAUGCAGAUCCUAUUUUGGACAACAUUUUCAUAGUGUAAUGCAAACCAGAGAUAACUUUUAUCA